UCAAUCUUCUUAGACGAAAAGGUAUAUUUUCAUAUGAUUUCGUAGAUGGAUUGGACAAGUUGAUGACUACAAAACUGCCAGAGAAGAAUGAGUUUUACAAUAAACUAACAGAUUCUCAUAUUAUUGACGAAGACUAUCACCAUGCUGUUACAGUAUGGAAUAUGUUUACUAUAAAAACUUUGGGUGAAUAUUCAGAUUUGUACUUGAAAACAGAUGUUUUAUUAUUAGCUGACGUCUUCGAAAGUUUUCGAGAGACAUCUCUGAAAGCGUAUAGUUUAUGUCCUGCACACUUUUACACGACUCCAGGUCUCACAUUUUCAGCAGCUCUAAAAAUGACAAAAGUGGAAUUGGAGCUUCUUACAGAUAUAGAUAUGCUGAUGUUUAUUGAAGCAGGCAUUCGAGGAGGAAUAAGUCAAUGUUGCAAUCGGUAUGCUAAGGCGAACAAUCCAUACAUGGGACCAUCAUACGAUAAGAAUCAGGAAACGAAGACACUCUUAUAUUUUGAUAUUAAUAAUCUUUAUGGAUGGGCUAUGGUGCAGUAUUUACCAGUGGGAAAAUUCAAAUGGAUCGAAUAUGAAACGAAUUCAAAUUUUUUCAAUGCACCACCAGACUGAUACAGGCUACUUUGCUGAAGUAGAUUUAGAGUAUCCUGAAGAAAUACAUGAUGAUCAUCAAGAUUUGCCUUUUUGUGCAGAGCAUCGUACACCCCCUGGCUCAAAGCAAAGGAAACUGUUGACUACUUUGAACGAUAAGAAAAGGUAUGUCAUUCAUUAUCUUGCGUUAAAACAGGUAUUAGAUAAUGGACUUCGACUAAAAAAAGUGCAUAGGAUUCUAAGUUUUGAGCAGAAGCCUUGGCUCAAACCAUAUGUUGAAUUUAAUACAGUGAAGAGAAAGCAGGCCAAGAAUGAUUUAGAAAAGCUUUUCUACAAGUUAUUAAUUAAUGCAGUAUAUGGUAGUGCAUCGAGCGAGAACGAUCUCGCGUUGAUGUGCGAUUAGUGAAUAAAUUUACAGGUCGAUAUGGAGCAGCAGUCACGUAUAGCUCAACCAAAUUUUCAUAGUUGUGCUAUCUUUAGAUGAAAAUUUGGUUGCUAUACAGCUAAAGAGAAUGAGUAUUACAAUUAAAAAAACAAUAUACGUUGGUCUCAGCAUUCUCGAUUUGUCUAAAACAUUGUUAUACGAUUUUCAUUAUUCAUAUAUAAAGCGUCGACUUGGGGACAAAUGUAAACUCCUUUACACAGACACAGAUAGUCUAAUAUAUGAAGUCAUUGACGUGGAUAUGUAUAAAAUAAUGAAAGAAGACUUGCACAAAUUUGAUACUUCUGAUUACAAAGAGAACAAUCAAUUUGGAAUCCUGCGUGUCAAUUAAAAAGUGCCUGGAUUAAUGAAAGAUGAAUGCUGUGGCAAGAUUAUGACGGAAUUUAUUGGUUUACGUAGCAAAAUGUAUAGUAUUUUGAUAGAUGGAUCUGAGACUGUGAAAAAAGCCAAAGGCAUAAAAUCGAGCGUUGUGAAGAAAACAAUCACGUUCGAAGAUUAUCGAAAAUGUCUUGAAGAACAAAUUAUUGUUAAACGUGAGCAGUGCAACAUUCGCUCUAAAUUGCAUGUAGUGCAUACUGAAAAACAGAAUAAAAUAGCACUAAGUCAGCAUGAUGAUAAAAGAUACUUAUUACCUCAUAGCACAGACACUUUGCCUUGGGGUCAUUAGUGGGGGAGAUGGAAGUGGAGAAGGGGUAUGAAGCGACCAAUACUGAAGAAGAAAGCGAGAGAGCAAUGGAGAGGGGGAACGAAGUGACCAAUGAAAACAGUGCAGCACGAGUGGGGAUGACACUUUAUGGCGAUACAGGUGAACAAAUCAUUAUCGAAUACGAUGUUUGUGAGGAGCUAAUGCACGAAUGCAAUCCAUCGAUGGAGAGGGCAUCUUCCGAUAGAAGGGAUAUUCUACAAGAGGCGAUGGAAGGGGCAGAUAUCAUGGUGGGGAAUGGGCUAUAUCAACCGACGCAGCACGGUGAAGAGCACAUUCGAGCAGUCGAGCUUGAAAAUUACCUGCCUUUGGAGAAGAAACCAAGACUCACUUAACAUUUCCAAAAUGGAUCUAUCUGCACUUAACAAAAUUGCUGAGCGCGAGUUCUUGCCCAAGAAGAAAGCCACGAACUUUCAGACGAGAUUCAGUACGAAGAUCGUGGCCGAGAUCGAUGACAGCUUUCAAAUAUUUCUUCCAGAAAAAAUCUCAUCAGCAAUCUUGAAAG